AAACAGACUGUGUGGGCAGUCAGUUCUUCCGGCGGCCGCCUCCUCUGCUCGAAUAAAGCCAUCGGAGCUCUUGCGGCGCGACCUCGAGCGAACGCUCGCAGGUCGCAGCUCUACUCCGCCGUGCUCUGAAGUCCAUCGCGCCGGCAGCAGCAUCAUCAUCUGCCGUGCGUCCUCCGUGCUUCGCCUUGUUCUUGCCCCCUGUUGUUUCUAUUCAGACAGCGAAGUUGAUAGCUCGCCGGCCUCUGCAUGAUACCACGGGUCCACAGCAGCAGUUGUGUGAUUGACCGAGAACUGGCACCAGAACAAGAAUCUCGCAACUCCCUUGUUGACUGGCGUAGUUUUGAGUGGGUUUCUCCAUUCCCGGAUGGGCAGGCCUAGAGGAGGAAAGGCUAAACGGCCGACGCCCCAAGCUACCAAGAGCGAGGAGGCCGAUGCCGCCAGCGGCGACGAGGAGGCCGUGAUGCCAGCGUACAAGAGAAGGGGACGGCCGCACAAGCACCUCAAGGCUGAAGACACCGACGAGGAGGAGGACGGUGCCAAGGUCGAGCACGUGGAGGACAGUGACGGCGCCAAACCGGUCGUGCCGAGCAAGGGCUCGACCGAGAACGGAGGGAAGAAGAGGAGGCGGCGGCGGCAACCGAAUAACAAGGGAGGCUGCGACUCGGCGGCGGGGAAGGACGAGGCCGUCAAGCAGAGCGGGUUCCGGCAUCAUGGGAGCCGGCGGAAGAGCACCCCGCGGCGAGCUGCCGAGGCGGGGGUGGAGUGCAAGUGAGGCUCCGGAUUGGAGCGGAUUAGCUAUGCGACUAUGCGAGCCAUGACGGAUUGCAAUUUUUUUUAGUUUUUUGGGGGUCAUGCUUCAUGUUGUAUAGAUCAAGAGCCCAGGACUCUGCUUCGAUCUUUGGCCGUGCCGUUUCUUGUUCCGCAACUAGCUUUCGGUCCAAAAGGAAAAAAAAUAAAAUCGUUUCAAAAAACUAGCUUUCGGUCCAACUGAGUAUCUGAAUAGCUGGCUAAUGAGGCUGCCUGCGUCAUAAAAAAAUGGUGAUUAUAUUUGGUAUAUACUAUAUACUGUGUAUUUUUUUCUUCUCUCUUUUUUUAGCAAAGGAGAUU